AUGCAGUACUUCUGGAGCCCAAACCUGCACACACUUGAAGGACAUAACCAUGGAGUGGACUCAGUGGCUUUCUCCCCAGACGGGAGUACACUGGCAUCAUCAGCUAGAAAUGAAAUUUUCCUUUGGGACACAACCCUAGGCCAGCCGCUGUGGGCACUAACUGGCCACUCCCGGGCGGUUAAAACUGUUGCAUUUUCUCCAAAUGGAUCAAUUUUGGCGUCAGGUUCAUAUGAUAAAACCAUAAUUCUCUGGGAAGUGGCCAUAGGGGAGCCGUGGAAGACGCUUACAGGCCAUUCUGGCGAGGUUGCAACUGUCGCAUUUUCUCCAGACGGAUCAACGCUGGCGUCGGGUUCGAGAGAUCAUCUCAUCAUACUCUGGAGUAUGGCCACAUGCGAACAGCGAACACUGGGUCAUCAUGCCAGCUGGGUCUUCUCCGUGGCCUUCUCUGCGAGCGGGCAAAUGCUGGCGUCAGGCUCACAUGACAACACAAUCAUUCUGUGGAAUAUAGUCACAGGUCAGCAGCAGUAUAUAUUAAGCGACCAUUUGUCUACGGUUAGCUCUGUGGCCUUCUCGCUGGACGGACUCGUGGUAGCAUCGGGUUCAUAUGACGCGACCAUCAUACUCUGGGAAGUAGCCACAGGAAAGCGGCAGCGGACGCUCAGAGGCAAUGACGCUGUCCUCUCGUUGGCAUUUGAUGCAGUCUCAGGCAUACUAGCGUCAGGACAGUAUGACAGGACAAUUAAUAAUUGGGAUAUUGCUACAGGGGAGCUGCAGAAGACGCUCAUCGGUCAUACACGCUCGGUUGAUUCCCUGGCAUUCUCCACGCAUGGGCGCAUGUUGGCGUCAGGCUCACAAGAUAAUACCAUUAAGCUCUGGGAUUUAGGUACGUACAAUCAGCAACAGCAGCAAAUUCAGAGCGGCCACUCUUCUUGGAUAUUUUCGAUGGCUUUCUCUCGAGACGGAAGCAUGCUAGCGUCAGGCUCAAUUGAUGGCGAUAUCCUAGUCUGGGAUGUAGAGACAGGCAACUAUCAUACGAUAAGCGGCCAUGCCGGCCCAAUGAAUUCAUUAGCUUUCUCUCCAGAUGGAUACAUGCUGGCAUCUUCAGGUGCCAACGCGCUUAUUCUCUGGGACAUAGCCACGGGCGAGCGGCGGCACACGCUAAUCGGUUCUUUCCCUGGACCUUCAGAGGGUCGUUUGGUCUUCUCUCCAGACGGAAGCACACUGGCAUCGUCGAGCGACGGGAUUAUUCUCUGGGACACCAACACAGGCAAGCACAGACGAACGCUAGAUUGUGAUGGUUUGGUUGAGGCCAUGGUAUUUUCACCAGACCGAUGUACAUUGGCAUUAGGCCUAGAUCAGAAUGUUCAGCUCUGGAACAUAGUCACAGGCGAGCGACAACAACAGAUGAACGGCUUGCAUUCAAACUGGGGGAUUCAAUCCAUGGCUUUCUCUCCAGAUGGGCAUACACUGGCGUUGAAUUUCUAUGACAACACCCUCGAGCUCUGGGACACAGCCGCAGACAGGCGGCAGACGCUGAACGACAAUUCCGGUUCUGUGCUGUCCGUGAAUAGAUCUUACUUCAACACAGAAGUCUGGGUAUCAAAAUCUUGGGUUUUCUUUCGUGGUGAACCUUUGUUGUUUCUCCCUCCUGAACAUAGUUGGUUCACGUGUCAGACCUCAGUGGGAUGUACGCUUGCUCUAGGAUAUCGGGACGGAAGAGUGAUUAUUUUGGUCUUUGAUACAUAA